UACUGGACAAUGCGAUACAAAAAAGUCAGUGUUUAAUGAAGCUAUUGUAAAAUAUGUUAUAUUGAACAUCUUUUGAUGUGUUUGGAUUUAUAAGCACAGGAUAAACUCGUGAACGACAAAGGAGUAAGGUCCGAGGCGUGUCUCGGAGGCAAAAUUUUUUUGGCAAGGGUUUAUCCAGGUGACGGUAUUGUUAUGGCCAGGACCCGGAUUCUCAUACGCCUCAUUUUUGUUCUGCCUUUGAGCCUCCUCCAUUCUGUCUCUUCACAGACAGUCCAGGUUUCUGCACAGGUUGGGGGGGCAGCAAUCCUGCCCUGUGUUGCACCGACGCUGAAAGGAGUUCCAUUGGAAAGUCUUUACAUUUCCUGGAGGUUGGAUGACCGGGUGGUGUUUGAAUUUGAAGGAAAAAGCGGACAAUCCAUUUCUUUGUUGCAGAGCCCGGUAGAGCUUCCCAAGAAAGCAGAAGGUGACUUUUCACUCAGUCUUCACAAAGUCACACUCGCAGAAAAGGGCACCUAUGAGUGCUACAUCAAGGAAGGAAGCAAGCCCCAGAAUUUCUUUCAGAAAGUCAUACUCAGCGUUUCAGCAGCCCUUCCUACAGGCUCCCCCACUGAGACCAGUCAGUCUGGGAAUGUAACAGCGACCACAGAAGCCCCCCCAGGGAAUGAGUACUCACAGAAUGCAACAGUCAUCGCCCUUGUAGUAAUUUUAGUGCUGCUUGUCAUGUUAGUGGCUGCAGCUUCGUUGUGGUAUAUCAGAAGUAAAAGAGAAAUCCCUGCCAGGUGUAUGUGUCUGAAGAAACCAGCAGAGGAGCGUUCACCUGAGGAUGAGCCCAUGAGAUCCAGAGGGAAUUAAUUACUGUGUCCUUUAGUGGGGUGUUGAAACUCGUUUUUUCAGGAGACUAGGUUUCAAGACACUGUGUGGCACAGCAGGAGAGACUUGGGGUUUCAUACAGCAAAGUUGCCUCCAACUGUUCCUGAAAAAGUGGCUUCAUGUUCCCUCAGCUUAACACAUUUAAAUGGUUUGAUCCCACUAAACACUAGAAGACACUAAACCUUUAAAUGUAAAUGUAUGUCAUUUAUGUAAAUUGUUAUUGUGCGUGACUCUCUAUAGUGCAGACCUUUUAAUGAAACAGUAAUGGCUGGUUUCACAGACCCAGAUUAGCACUCAUCUUGGUUUACCUUACCUGGGUAAGUUCAAGACUAGUGCUAAUCAAGGUCUGUGAAACCAGCCAUAAGAUUUGUAGAGUAUGUGCCAGUGAUUUACAUAGUGACUAACAUCAUUUUGACAUAAAACAAAUCUGUUGUCCACUACAAUAAAGAUAUAUUUACAGGAUCUGUUCCCUGUUAAUAAUAAAAUCAAGACACUAACCAAGUUUAGUGGUUUGAUAACAAUAAACACUAGAAACGGAUACUAAAUAAAACGGAUAUAAAGUCUCUUGUGCCUUUUAAAUUAGUUUACAAAUAUAAAUGCAUUACUUAAAAGCACUGUCUUUUUUUCAUCAUGCUAUUUGAAUUUAUUAAAAUGCUAUAUAGUGGAAAUGCUGUGACUUGUACCUAUUGUUCACUCUGGUUAAUGAAAAGCUUUAAUGUAUGUACUGAAGAUUUAUAUGCAUUCAUUCUGCUCAAUAUUAAAGUUUAAACCUUUAAGAAA